GGAAUAAAUAAGAGUACCGAAAGAACAGUUCGCACUCGAAAUAACAAGAAAACGAAAAGGGACCAAUUUGCCGUCGUUCGCGCCAAACCCAACCCUAAAUCCCCAAUUUCGCAGGCAUGUCUUCGCGAUCCAAGGGUCCAAGGAAUCGUGAACUCAAAUUGAUCCAAAAACGAGAUAAGCCUGGGGGUUGCAAAGUCAGAAAAUCAAAGUCUUCUCCUGCUGGGCCUUCACCUGGUGCUGUGACAUCUUCUCGUUUCCCCAGUGCUGAUGGUGACCAUAGUACUGAUGGGGACAAGGCGAAGGAACUCAGGCUUGCCAAAAUGUGUGUCAUCCGCGACUGGUGCAAGGAUUCUUGUAUCUACUACAAUCCCAUGGAACUCCGUAUUGCCGAGGGUGCUGAGCUGGUAAAACCAAAGAAGACUCCCACUUGUCCCCACCAGGGUAACAAGAAUGGUUUUAGUUUCAUCUAUUGUAAACCCGAGUGUGCCGGUAGUGUUACUGAUCCUGUCCUUUUGGGCUGUGGUUUUGAUCGCUGCAACAUCAAGGAUAACUCCAGUGAUCCUGGUAGCGAUGAAGAACAAAAGGGUACUAAACACUUGGAGAUGACAGUUGACCCUUCUGAUACUGUGUGUGUGUCAUCAAUUCCUUUGGAGCGUCACCUGUUGGAUCCUCCUGGUUGGAUUUGGUGACCUGGGGUUUGCUUCAACUGUGUUGGAUAUGAAGUGUAUCUAUUGUAUUCACGCUGACAGUUAUUCCCAAAUGUUUGUGAGGAAUUUCUCGAUCUAUAUGUAUAUAUUUAAGGUUAAACACUGAUAUGGCGAUAUGUAGUUAAAGGUUCAUUUUAUUUUCGAUGGUUUUCUAAUAUUUGAGGUCUAAAGUAUACUGGCGGUCUAAUAUUUGAGGUGACCUAAUUUUAAAAAAUUAGAGAAAUUUCAUCGUACGGUCC